AUGGGUAAAUCAGCGACUGAUGCACAGGCGCAGGCCGACCAAGAGCGCAAACUCGAGAAGAAGGCUCGCAAAGCUGAGCGCAAGGCCAAGAAAUUGGCAGAGUCUCUGGAGAAGGAAGCUGGAGACGGAGGAGAAAAGUCUGCCAAAGCCAAAAAGGCUAAAAAGGCAGACAAGAACCCUGCUCUAGAGGCACAUCGUCUGCUGGCAGAGAAGAAGCGUGAUGAGUGCUUGGAGAAGUCCAAGAUGUUUGAGGCAGAAGCCCAGAAGUUGUUGAAGCAAGCGGAAGAGGUUACCAAGAUGUACAAGCAAAUUACUGAAGCUCUUGAGAAAACGGCCGAGAGCGGUGAUGGCAAACUCCUUGCAAGUCUCAUCAGCGAUAUGGGCCUUGCUGUCGGUCCUUUGAAUGAUCAAGACGACGAUAAGAACAAGGAGCAGGAGACCAAAGAGCAGGAGACCAAGGGCGAGAAGAAGAAGGAAAAGAAGAAGAAGGAAAAGAGCGGCGAUAUCGAGCUGGCUAAGGUGGAAGCAGCUGCCCUUACUCAAGCCGCCGAUGAUGCCGAGGAGAAACCCAAGAAGAAAAAGAAGCAUUCGAAGUCGCAGUCCGAGGAGACUGAUGGCAAGAGAAAGCGACAAGAUGAUGCGGCCGAAGAGCCAGCCACCAAGAAGGGCAAGCAGGAGGAGAUCAACGUCGAUGGCCUUGAAGGAGGAUCCGCACGCCAAGACAAGUUUCUCAGACUCCUCGGAGGCAAGAAGGCCGGCGCCAGCAUUGCGAAGCCAGGCAGCAUCGCCACUAGCAAGAAUGACUCAGUCAAGGCUGAGGCAGCCAUCCAGCGCCAGUACGAGGCCGGUAUGCAGCUGAAGGAAAGCGGCCAAAAACGCCGCGGUUUGGGUGCGUAG